GCCGCGCCAGCGAAGGAGGGCUGCGGCUGCUGCGGUAGGUGAAGUAUCGCCAGGCUGGCCGAUGGCUCUCUGCUGAGCGACUCGGACUUGCUGGCUUCGCCCCGGCGGGAGACAGGCUGCGGGGGGAAGGACGGACGGACGGGCGGGCGGAGGGGACGCCUUAAUCUGCUGAGCGGCGGCGGCGGCGGCGGAUGGAAAGCGUUUGGGAAUACAUCUUGCUCCCGGGCGCAGCUGUGGUACCCUGAGCCAGACUACAAAGCGGCCGGAGGGAGGGCGGCCGGCCGGCCGGCGGGCGGGCGGGUGGAGAUGGAGACUUUCUUUGUGGAGGGUGCCCGUGUCUGGCUGAGACACAAAGAGCAGCUCCUCCCCUCCACCGUCAGCUCCUGGGAUGAUGCAUCCCUGGUUCUCGCCACCGACUAUGGAAAGGUUAUCAGCCUACAGAGGGCAGAGGUGAGCAGAGAGACGGUGUACCCCAUGCACCCUAGCAGCAUCCAUGGAGUGGAGGACAUGUCCACACUGGCAGAGCUCCAUGAAGCGGCCAUCAUGCACAACCUCUACCUACGCUAUCAAAAAGACAACAUUUAUACCAACAUAGGCUCCAUCCUGGCAGCGGUGAACCCGUACAAGCGGAUCGCAGGCCUGUAUGACAGCGCUGCAGUGGAUUUGUACAGCAGGCACCACAUGGGGGAGCUGCCGCCACACAUCUUCGCCGUGGCCAACGAGUGUUACCGCUGCCUGUGGAAGAGGCAUGACAGCCAGUGUGUGCUCAUCAGCGGAGAGAGCGGUGCAGGGAAGACGGAGAGCACCAAACUGCUGCUCAAGUUUCUGUCUGUGAUGAGCCAGAAGUCAGUGGGCACGCCGCCGUCAGAGAGGACGACCAGGGUGGAGCAGGCUAUCGUUCAGAGCAGCCCUAUAAUGGAAGCUUUUGGAAAUGCCAAGACGGUGUAUAACAACAAUUCAAGUCGCUUUGGGAAGUUCAUCCAGCUCCAUUUCUCCCAGAACGGAAACAUCCAAGGAGGCUGCAUCAUUGACUAUCUGCUUGAAAAGAACCGUGUAGUUAGGCAGAAUCCCGGAGAGAGAAACUACCACAUCUUCUACGCCUUGUUAGCCGGAGCAGACAAAAAUCACAGAGAUAUGUACUUCUUGUCCGAGGGUCCCGAGUCGUACCAUUAUCUCAGUCAGUCGGGGUGUGUGAAGGACAGCAGCCUGGAUGACAAGCAGCUGUUUGACAGUGUUAUGGAAGCCCUUAAAGUGAUGGAGUUUUCUGAGGAGGAGAUCAGAGAUGUCUUCAAGCUGCUGUCUGCUGUCCUCCAGAUGGGCAAUAUUGAAUUCAUGACCGCUGGCGGAGCUCAGAUCACUUCCAAAGGGGUGGUCAGCAACGUGAGUGACCUGCUGGGCCUGGACUCCUUCCAGCUGUCGGAGGUGUUGACUCAACGCUCCAUGAUUCUCAGAGGCGAGGAGAUCUGCUCACCCCUCACAGUGGAGCAGGCCGUGGACUCGCGGGACUCCGUUGCCAUGGCGCUAUAUUCUCAGUGUUUCUCCUGGAUCAUAAUGAGGAUCAACCAGAAGAUCAAAGGAAAGGACAACUUCAAGUCCAUCGGGAUCCUGGACAUCUUUGGAUUUGAGAACUUUCAGGUGAACCGCUUCGAGCAGUUCAACAUCAACUACGCCAAUGAGAAGCUGCAAGAGUACUUCAACAAGCACAUCUUCUCCCUGGAACAGCUGGAGUACAACAGAGAGGGGAUCCAGUGGGAGGCCAUAGACUGGAUGGAUAAUGCGGAGUGUCUGGAUCUCAUUGAAAAGAAACUGGGCAUGUUGGCUCUUAUCAAUGAGGAGAGCCGCUUCCCCAAAGGCACUGACUACACCCUUCUGGAGAAACUGCACAGUCGACAUGCUACCAACCCUUACUAUGUGAAGCCCAGGGUGACCGACCACCAGUUUGGCAUCAAGCACUAUGCUGGAGAGGUGCUGUACGAUGUGCGGGGCAUCCUGGAGAAGAACAGGGACACCUUCAGAGACGACAUCCUAUUCAUUCUCAAAGACAGCAGGCUCGAUUUCAUCUACGAUCUGUUUGAGCGUGUGGGUAGCCGGAGCGGAGAUGAGACCCUGAAAAUGGGCACGGCCCGACGGAAGCCCACUGUCAGCUCCCAGUUCAGGGACUCCCUCCAUUCCCUUAUGGCCACGUUAAGUGCCUCCAACCCUUUCUUCGUGCGCUGCAUCAAGCCCAACAUGGACAAGAAUGCCAACAGGUUUGACCCAGAAGUGGUUCUUAACCAACUGAGAUAUUCUGGGAUGCUAGAAACGGUGAAGAUCCGCAGGGCUGGUUUCCCUGUCCGCCGAACAUUUCAGGACUUCCAGAGCAGGUACAUGAUGAUACUGAGGAAUAAAUUCCCUUCAGAGGAUGCGAGGGGAUGCUGCUCAGAGCUUCUCUUACGACACGAUAAGAUGAAGAAAGAGUGGCAGCUGGGGAAGACAAAGGUGUUCUUGAAGGAGGCCCUGGAGCAAAGACUGGAGAAGGAGAGGGAAGAGGUUCGGCGCAGGGCUGGCAUGGUGAUACGCGCCCACAUCCUCAGCUAUGUGGCAAGGAAGCAGUACAAGAGGGUCCUGUCCAGUGUCGUCACCAUCCAGAAGAACUACCGUGCUCACUUCUGGAGACGGGUCUUCCUGCGCCUGCGCUCGGCCACCGUGGUUCUGCAGAAGCACCACCGAGGCCAGCUGGCCCGCUCCCUCUACCAGCAGCUGCGGGAGGAGAAGAAGAAACGAGAGGAGGAGGAGAGGAGGAAGAGGGAGGAGGAGAGGAGACGUGUAGAGGAGGAGCAGAGAAAGCUAGAGGAGGAGAGGAGACGGCAGCAGGAAGAGGAGGCGGAGAAGAGGAAGAGAGCAGAGGAGGAGGAGAAACAGAGGUUGAUGGAAGAGGAGCAGAGGAGGAGGGACGAGGAGGAGGAGAGGCUAAGAAUCAGGAAGGAGAAGGAGGAGGAACAGAUAAGAGCCGCUAAGGAGGACAACAAAAGGAGCUCCUUGGUGAUGAAUGGUGCCUAUCAGAAGAAGGGGCUGUCCCAGUGCCUGUCGUACACCUCUGGGCCUGGUCACAGCUCAGACGAGGAGAGCCGUCAGAUGGAGGAGAUCCUCCGACUGGAGAGGGAGAUUGAGCGUCUGCAGAGGCAGCAGGAGGACGGCAUGUCCCUUCUGGGAGACGUUUCCCGAGACGAGUUUCGCCAGAGGAGGGAUGCCGAGAUCUACAGACUGGAAAAGGAAGCGUCGCGUGUGGCCACUGAGUUCCUGGAGCUCCUCGACUUUGGCGGCCUUGAGCCAUCUCUCUCCAGCGAGGAGAACCUCCAUGACCCAACCGAAUCCACAGCCCCUCUGGCGGAGGAGGAGGUGGACGAGGGCUUCCAUGCCGAGGAUGAGUGCAUACCUCUGCCCGACUUCCCUCUUCCAGCCAGGGAGCCCUUAGACCAGGAGGUAUUCCAAAGUAUUCCUCCUCCUCCACCUGCAUUUGCAGAAGGUCUGAUGGUUACCGCCUCCUCUGCCUCCUCCUCCCAUAUGUCUGCUAAUGUCUGCUCCAUCUCAAACAAUGGACCAAGGCAUGUCUCUAUUCUAGCACCUGAACACUCUUCAAAGGCCCCCUCGACCUCCCCGGCCCCGGGGGCUCCUCCUGUCCUCACCAACGGAGAUGGCCAGCUGUACCUGAGGUCCAGCAGAGGGUUAGAUGUUGAACCUGGCAGUAAAGAGCCACCUCAAAGCAUCCUGCCAGACACAGAAUCGGACUAUGACCAGGAUGAGUUUGAGGAGGCUCAGGGGAGUUCUGGGGCCAGCACCAACGACGGCCACGCCACAGACGACGAGGUUUUACGCAAGUCAUCCUGCACCCAAAACAGCCUGGACUCCUUCAGAGGCAGCUCAGACUCGUUUAUCGACAGUGACGAGGACAACGAUGGCUAUGUGGACACGGAUGAGGAGGUGUCCAACGGGAGGGUGAAUCUGCUGAACGGCGGGGGGCCUCCCUACUUCCACAGCUACCUCUACAUGAAGAGUGGUCUGAUGAUCCCGUGGCGGCGACGGUGGUGUGUGCUGAAAGAUGAGACCUUCAUGUGGUUUCGGGCCAAGCAGGAUUCUCUCAAAUCGGGUUGGCUGUACAAGAAAGGAGGGGGGAUGUCCACCUUGUCCCGACGCAACUGGAAGAUGCGCUGGUUUGUCCUGCGAGAGUCCAAGCUUAUGUACUUUGAGAACGACAGCGAGGAGAAGCUGAAAGGGACCAUCGAUAUCCGCUCAGCCAAGGAGAUCGUGGACAACCAUGAGAAAGAAAACGCACUGAACAUCGUGACUGAGGAGAGGACGUACCACAUCUAUGCAGAGUCCCCGGAGGAUGCCAGUGGUUGGUUCAAUGUGCUGAGUCGGGUCCACAGCGCCAGUCCAGAGCAGCUCAUGGAGAUGCACCAUGAACAGGCGAACCCAAAGAAUGCAGUGGGCACACUGGAUGUGGGCUUGAUUGAUUCAGUCUGUGCAUCUGAUAAUCCGGACCGACCCAACUCCUUUGUGAUCAUCACGGCUAACCGGGUAAUCCACUGCAACACAGACAUGCCUGAGGAGAUGCACCACUGGAUCGGCCUCCUGCAGAAACCAAAAGGAGACUCCAGAAUUGACGGACAGGAGUUCCUCGUCAGAGGCUGGCUGCACAAAGAAAUGAAGUCAGGAGCCAAGAGCACCUCGCUGAAGCUGAAGAAGCGCUGGUUUGUCCUGACUACUAACUCGUUGGACUAUUACAAGUCCUCAGAGCGCAGUGCCUCCAAGCUGGGCACGCUGGUCCUCAACAGCCUCUGCUCUGUGGUGCAGCCAGAUGAGAAGGUCUUCAAGGAUACUGGUUACUGGAACAUCAUAGUCCAUGGGCGCAAACACUCCUACCGUCUCUACACCAAACUGUUGAAUGAAGCCAUGAGGUGGGCAUCUGCCAUACAGGGGGCUAUAGACAGCAAGGUCCCCAUUGAGACCCCUACUCAGCAACUCAUCAGGGACAUCAAGGAGAGCAGUCUGAAUGUGGAGGCUGUGGAGCAGACAUACUGGAGGAACCCUAUCCUGAGAUAUACCCAGCAUCCUUUGCACUCCCCUCUACUACCUCUGCCUUACGGAGAUGUCAGCGUCCACUUGCAAAAGGAGAAAGGCUAUGCCAGCCUGCAGGAUGAGGCUGUAAAGAUCUUCAACUCACUGCAGGAGAUGGAGGCAGUGUCAAAUCCCGUGCCAAUCAUCCAGGGAAUCCUGCAAACUUGCCAAGACCUGCGGCCACUAAGGGACGAGGUCUAUUGUCAGCUGAUCAAACAGACCAAUCACGUCCCUCAGCCAAACAGUCCAGCCAAUUGCGCUCACUGGCACCUCCUGACCUGUAUGAGCUGCACCUUCCUGCCCAGCCGAGGCAUCCUGCGCUACCUCAAGUUUCAUCUUAAAAGGAUUAAAGAGAUGUUCCCUGGCACGAAGAUAGAUAUGUUUGCUCACUUCAUCGGCGAGUCUCUUAAGAAGACCAAGACCAGAGAGUAUGUUCCCUCCCAGGAAGAGAUUGUGGCUUUGCUAACCAGGCAGGAAAUGACCACCACAGUUUACUGCCAUGGAGGAGGCUCCUGCAAGAUCUCCAUCAACUCGCACACCACCGCUGGAGAGGUGGUGGAGAAGCUAAUCCGAGGUCUGGCUAUGGAGGACAGCAGAAACAUGUUUGCAUUGUUUGAGCACAACAACACCAUUGACAGAGCUGUGGAGAGCCGAGUCAUCGUUGCUGAUGUGCUGGCCAAAUUUGAAAGGUUGGCUGGCAGUGAAGAGGUGGAGGAUGAUGGCCAGUGGAAACUCUAUUUUAAACUCUACUGUUUCCUUGAUGUGGAGAGCAUGCCCAAAGAAGGGGUGGAGUUUGCUUUCAUGUUUGAGCAGGCCCAUGAGAGUCUGACAAGUGGCCACUUCCCCGCCCUUGAGGAAACGCUGCAGCACCUGGCCGCACUGCGCCUGCAGUUCCUGCACGGAGACAAGCCACGUGUCAGCUGGAGCCUGGAAAAUGUGUACCCAGUGGGUCGCCUGCGUAAUCGCAUCCUUCAAUUCACCAAGGUGGGCGGGGCCUCAGGGCAAGGCCAAACACUGGAGCGUCGGAGGACUAGUUUCCUGGAUGGGACCCUGCGCCGAGGGCUGAAGACGGGCUCCAUGAAGAAGCAGCGCAUGGAGGAGGAACAGAUGCUUGAGAUGUGGAUAAAGGAGGAGACUUCUGCCACCAGGGCGAGCAUCGUAGAGAAAUGGUCCCGCCUCAAAGUUCUCGACCAGCACCAGGCUAUGCUCAAAUACAUGACCAUUAUCAAAGAGUGGCCUGGCUAUGGCUCCACACUGUUUGAUGUUGAGUGCAAAGAAGGAGGCUUCCCUCAUGACCUGUGGUUGAGUGUGAGUGCGGAGAAUGUGUCCGUCUACAAGAGAGGCGAGCUCAAGCCUCUGGAGACCUUCCCAUAUGAGCACAUCAUUUUCUUCGGUGCGCCGCAGCCCUGCACCUACAAGAUCACUGUGGAUGAGAGAGAGAUGUUCUUUGAGACACCACAGGUUGGAGAGAUUACAAAGAUCAUGAAAGCCUACAUAAACAUGAUUGUGAAGAAACGGUGCAGUGUGAAAUCUGUGUCCAGCUAUGGAACCAACUGGAUCAGGUGAUGGGUAGGACCAGGCCCAACAGCUUCUCAACCACACAGGACUCAUAAGGAUCAUGGGAAGAGAGCAUGAAGCCAAGAGGAACAAAUCCCUUCCACUGACAUGAUGGUUCAGAGCUUUUGACUCUGCUACACAGCGAAAUAGUCAAACUCUGAUGUGAGACACUGUCCUUGAUUUAUACACACACAAAAAGCUGAUGUCCCUCUGUGCUUAUGAUACCAUUCAGAACAGUCUAAAAGCUGCAAAACGAUGAGCUUUACAGCUGUUUUCUACUGUGCUGUCCCCAGACUGAACAACCGUGUUGUUGGCUCACGUUAUGCACACUGGUCAUCUUCCUGACACUGCUUCAGAUCUACCUGAGGCAUCAAAUAGCGAUCGACUGAAGUUUUCAUUUCUUUUUACCUGUAAUUAUUCAGGAAAUCUUGACUGAGUGUGCAUGCUCUCUUUUUGCAAAUCUCUUCUGCAAAACCAAAGUACAUAGUCAGAUGAUUUGACGUUCUGUUUCUAUAAACGUUUAUUGGUUUUAACCCCCCCCCCUCCCCCCACCUGCUUUCUGAGGGGAUGUGUUGUGGUGGCACGUGUGUUCUGAAUGAGUUGAGCAUUGUUUGGUGCCCUUAUUCCAGUGAUUAUCCCCCCCCCCCCUGCAGAAUAAGGAUGCCCCUUGUUAUGAAUAUUCUCCUGAAUGGAGAUCCCCUCAGGUUACCAGGCACUAUGACUGUCAUCAUACUGCAAGAGUAUCUGCCUUCUUUGCCUUAUGUCAUUUUCUCUGCUUCCAGAUGAUGGCGCCAGUAGUUUCGAGGCAGGUAUAGUCUUUCAGGAAGGAAAGAUUCAAUUUUUGGACUUCAGUAUCUUGGUGCACUGGUAGCUUAUGGCUGCCAUGAAUACAUGUGCCUAAAAAAGCACAGGUCCAUCUUGAGUAACAAAAACAAACAAACUCAUUUGCCUUCUCAGCGAUGUUCACAGGAUUGCAACACAAAGAAAUGCUCGGUGAAUAACCACUGCGUCAGAGUAUCUCCACUGAAGGUGCCAUUUACUGAACGGUUAUGAACUAUUUGCGCUUCUACCUGUAAUUUGUUGUUUUAGUACUAGUACACAGUAUUGGAAGUGUUUUGUUUGUGUACUGAGUCUGUCCUUGAUGUUGUGAGCUGUUGUCCGAGGACUGUGUUGUGAGAGAGAAGGAUGAUGUUGCCUGGUGCUUCUGCGUCUGAAGGAUGCGUUCAGAUGAGGGGGGGUCUUGUGAGGCUGGGAUAUUUAUUGUGUGAGCUAACGAUGGAGUGGGAGAGAGGCUGACGGAACGCAUGCACAAAAAGAAAACAUCUCCAAGAGUAAAACAGAGGGGCGUCUGGGCAGCGUGGCGGGCUAUUCCGUUGCCUACCAGCACGGGGAUCGCCAGUUCGAUUCCCUGUAUUACCUCCGGCUUGGUCGAGCAUCCCUACAGACUCAAUUAGAUGGGUCCGCGGGGGGGAAGCCGGAUGUGGGUAUGUGUCCUGGUUGCUGCACUAGCGCCUCCUCUGGUCGGUCGGGGCGCCUAUUCAGGGGGGAGGGGGAACUGGGGGGAAUAGCGUGAUCCUCCCACGUGCUACGUCCCCCUGGUGAAACUCCUCACUGUCAGGGGAAAAGAAGCGGCUGGUGACUCCACAUGUAUGGGAGGAGGCCUGUGGUAGUCUGCAGCCCUCCUGGAUCAGCGGAGGGGGUGCAGCAGAGACCGGGACGGCUCGGAAGGGUGGGGUAAUUGGACGGGUACAACUGGGGAGAAAAAAAGAAGAGAUUAAAACUGAAAUAGAAACAGAUUAACGCAACUCUCUUAAAGACGUACUGUCUUACUAUUUGUGUGUUCAGGGGCGCACACUUCAUGAGCUUCACGGAGAAAGACAAACGAGCUUCUACAGACGUGCUUCUCGUUGCGCCCGCUCACUGGGAGGCGUUUGCAAAAAAAGGUAAUCGAGGAUGUUACCAGGGUCAUCAAUACUUAGCGUUCUCCUUUGUUGGGGUUGUCUCGUUAAUGCUGGGAAUAAUUAGCUUGGAGGACACAGAGCCCCCCCUGUGAUGCAGGCCUGUGUCCGUGCAGCAACACCCCGUGAUGGUCCAUACGGGCUGCAUACUCGAUGUCUUCGCCUCACAGGCCUCGCUCGACCAGUCUUCCACUGCGCUCCCAUCUCCGGACUGUAGGCUUCUGGUCAGCCGCCGGCGGCCACACCAGAGACUCCUCUUGCCAUCGACUGUGUGACUGUACUUGUGACCUUUCUGCUCGUUUUGAUGGAAACAAAUCAAGAAAUGAUGUUUUAUAACUGAAUUUAAAGACGCUUUAAUAAAUUAUUGUACUUGAUGAAGUGUUUGGUGUUUGUUUUCCAGAGGUUGGCGUCAGGGUCAUGACGACGCUUGUCCUGGAAUUGAAUUCUGUCAGUUCAUUUGGCCGACUUGCUAACGAACACAUCAGACUGGCGACACUGUGUCGACGCCAUUUAGAAAGCCGUAUGGCA